GGAGAAAAACUUAAAUAUAAGCCAAUAUUCCUAGAAAGUGGCCACCUGACAUGGGGGCCAGCAUUUUAUCAAUGCAAGUAUUAUUUUAGCCUAUCAAAUGACAAGAGCACCAUGAGAUUCUCACAGUCCAGUUUCCUGAUCUUGCUCUGCGUGGUUUUGCUCAUGUCAAAUGGUGCGGCCCUCCAAUGUUACACAUGUAUGGGCUCCAACAAUGAAGACUGCAACCGUCAGGGUUCUAGAACAUGUCCCAGCUAUUCUGAUGCUUGUGCUGUCGUCGUGGGCCAUAACAGUGGAGUGAUGAAGUCCUGCUCCUACAAGUCCUUCUGCAGCCAGGCUAACAGUCAGAGCAGCAGGACACCUGGUGUGAGAGUUCAUUGCUGCUACAGCAGUGAUUGCAAUAUCACAAGCAAAGCUGACAGACUGCACACACACAGCUAUUUGUUAUUGAACUUAACUUUGUUGUACCACUGCUUUUUCAGGUAAUGUCUUCCUGGUAGAGGAUGAAAACAGUUAUUCUAGCAAGUAUCUCAACUGUGAUUGCAUUUGAAAUACACACUUCAACCAACUUACUACAAUUAAACUGCAUUAGACAGACAAGAUAUAUGUGUUAGUUACUGUGCAUAGAGGUGCUCAUUUAAGGUGUGCCUGUUUGGAUUAUGCACACCACAUGGGAUUAAAGCCAAUAGGUAGACCUCACGUGGCUCUUCUUACGGUUUAUCUUCUUUAAAUAAAUAAGGUAAGAAAAAAACAAAGUGCUAAAACAUCUUUAUUUGCAAGAAGAAACAUGCACACACAAUUAAAGCUCUCAAUCCUCUGACUCACAGGCGUUGUUAAAAACAAGGGUGAGGAGAAGUCAGGUAGCGUGCCAUUGCGUCAUUGCCUAACAGUUGUUUGAUGAGCUAUUUUGGAAGUGGUGGGAAAGUCAUUAGCACUAACUGCAAAUCCACAUAAGACUUAAAGCUGUAACCAGGUGUAUUGUAUGGUGGAGGCUUAUGAACUUUGGGCAUUAAAACUAUCAGCGAACGAGUCACUGUUGACUACAUGCACAGUGUUGAAGCAUGAAAGGGAAGUAUUUAUGUUGGCACAAAAGACCACAAAAUUACUGCACUAAUAUUUAGCAUUAUUUAACACUACUAUUUAUGCAAGUCUGUAUUAUUACACACAUUGGACCUUUGCUGCUGGAUCUUUGUAGUACGUUCAGAAUUUUAUGCAAAUGCGUGUUUAUAUUUUCUAUAUUUUACAAGUGCUGUUGUGUUCAUGUAUGUUUUUUUUUAAUGUGAAAAUAAAUGAAUGUGAAAAUAAAUGAAAUAUGAAGAAAAAUGAUUUAUAAAUUGUAUUCUUUUUUCAUAGUAAUUU